AUGGACUUACCUCUUCCUUUUGAUGCCUAUGCUGCACUCGGAGUCAGCAAUACGGCGGACUCCGCGGAAAUCAAGAGCGCAUAUCGCAAACUUGCGCUGAUCACCCACCCUGACAAGUUCCCGGACGAGGCCAUCAAGAAACAGAAAGAAGACGAAUUCCAUCGCAUUCGGCAAGCCUACGAGAAGGUCGGCGAUGAGGAUGAGCGGAAGAAGUACAAU